AUGGUCAAGAUACCGCCUGCUCCGGACGGCAAGAUCUACUCGGCCACCUAUAGCAAUGUAGGUUUGUCCCCGUCUACGAGUGCAAUGUCAACGGCAACCAUGUCAUGCGCCGCCGCGCCGACGACUGGAUCAAUGCCACACACAUUCUCAAGGUCGCCGAGUAUGAUAAGCCCGCGCGAACCCCAGUAA